GGGCAGAUGAGGCAGCAGCAGAGGAAGAGGCAUGCCGCACACAGGACUCGGAAUCAGAACUUGGGGGGCUGCAAUCGAUUUGCUUGGGCAGAGCUAAGAACCUUGGAAGCUAGCAGGGCGAGGACGAGGCCAAUCAUGCCCGGCGGACGCAGGCUCUGUGCAUCCACUCUGGAGAUUCUGCAAGGAUGACCAUGCCAGGAUCAUCUAGCGUCGCUGCAUCAUAGUGCGCAGUGGGCCUCCUGGUGGACUUGCACCCCCCUCGGUGGCUGCGAAUGCCCGAUCCUAUUUAACGGGCUUCCGCGCAAAAUUUGUUGUGUCGCUUGCACCUCAACCUGAAAUACCGCCGCUCGGCUGGCCUUCCUUCUGAAACCACCUCUUUUUUUAUUUCCCUCUUGCCCGGCCCGCUGACGACGCGCCCGACAAACAACAACAUUCUCCAAUCCCAAUCCACGCGCAUCACCUCUUUUCCCAUUUUCUGUUGCCAUCGGCCAUCGGCCAUCGAUCAUCGAUCACCAUCAUCGCCGUCGUCAUCGUCGCCAUCACGGUCGCCACUCUUCUCCCAUUGUCGACUGUUGCCUGUUUCCUUUCCCCAUACUUGAAACAAGUAACUCGUUGGUGAGGCGAGGCUUGCGCUGAGCCUUCCCGCUCCGACUCUCACGCGCACCACGUGACAUCGUCGCGAUUGUCACAUGACCUGUCGAGAUUUUCGCAAGGCUGGUGUUGAAGUUGGUGUCGCCACUGGAGACACUGGGCUGCGUCGAUACAUUUCCCGCUGCUCCUCCUCCGCCCGCAUCUGGAUCUCGUCGACUAUUUAUUAAUCUCGACCCCCUCCUCCAUCCUGUUGUCGAAUUCAUUCUUGGCCCGCGUCACACCUCUGCGCGCGCCCUUUGUUUUGCCGUCCUUUCUCUUCACGCCAUCCCUUCGCCACGUUGUGCCUUGUAAAAUAUCUCACUCUUAAUUAAUUAACUUUUUGCGCCCAACAUCUGUUUCGUUUUCGGCUGGUCCGAUCGCCAUCACCCUGAGAUUUGCGCACUCGCUCUUGGCAAAAUGGACGUGGAAAUGCAGAUGGAGGCUCAUGGAUUGCCCACGCAAUUCAGCUCCACCUCAGAGCAGCCGGAAGAGUCUCAUAUCGCCGACAAUCUGGCUGCCUCAAUAUCAAAUUCAGAGGCGACGGUGAACCCAAGUCCACCCAAGCAACCUGCAGUUGAUGCGCCGCAACCAGAGCCGGUCAAGACGGUGCCAGAGGCAAUCACAGACGCAGUCGCAGUUGCGGAGGCAGUUCCGGACGCGGUUCCUGAGGCAGCUUCUGAGGCAGCGCUAUCAGCGCCCUCAGCGCCCUCUGAAGCGCUGCUGCCUCCACCUGCCACAAAUGGGGUCACAGAUCAUGAAGGUGAACCUGUCCAGCAGCCUCCUACAGUUGUUCCCGACUCUCAACCUCAGACUUCUCUCGACAACCAAUCUUCCACAAUUCCAGAGACCACAUCAAUAUCCGACACCAACCUGACCGAAUCAUUUAUCCCCUCUUCCAUCCCUGCCGAAAUCCAGUCCUCCGCUACACCGCUGGAGACAAGUCAGUCGACGAUGGACAUCUCAGAGCCCCCGGCAAUCCCGCCCGAGGUGCCAGUAUCUGAUCUGCGCACCGCGCCCCAUUCGGACGCGCUAACCCCUGAAGCUGUCGCAAAGGUCGAGGCCCAGAAACACGACAUCGACAAUUCUGCCGAUCUACCCACGCCCCUCAAGCCAGAGGCCGCCGACAGCUCAUUCCAAACCUCGUUGGUCGUAGAUUCGGCCGCCACGAACAUUGGCCUUCCCUCUCCACCCGCGCAGUCGCCGCCACUAGCGCCACAACAAGCGCCUGCAGCGUUGGCUGAGCAGAAGCCAGCAGAUCUACCGACAGCGCAACCACUGGAACAGCCUCUAGAACCAGAACAACCGACGCAGGUCACAGAGCCAGCUCCGGCAGUGGAGCAACCCAGUGAACCCGCGCCAACACCCGCCAUCCCUGCUCCAGCUGAACCCGAAGACCAAGUGAUGACUGAUGCAUCACCGCAACCGGUUAAGCAGAUCCAUGCGCGCGAUGAAGAUGCCGAAGAUGCCGAACGUGCUGCCAAGCGCGUCAAGACAGACGAACCACGUCCACUCACCGAAGAGCCACAGUUUAAAGUCCCGGAUGUACCUGCGCCCGCUGUGUCGUCGCCAGCUACGGCCAACGGCGAAACUGAGAGUUCUGCAGCGGCCACGGAGGAUGGCGAUGAUUCAGUGACUCCAGCGCGCUUGGCGCAUAUGAAGAAGGUGAUCUCAAACCUCAAGAAGAGCAAUGCUUCUGGGCCUUUUAGACUUCCCGUGGACUAUGUUACGCUCAAUAUUCCGAAUUAUCCCGAGAUCAUCAAACAACCCAUGGAUCUAGGUACAAUUGACCAGCGGUUGAAGCGCAACGAAUACACGUCGGUAGCCACGUUCGUUGCUGACUUUGAAUUGAUCGUGACCAAUUGUUUCACUUUCAACGGUCCCGACCACGGUGUUUCACAGCAAGCCAGGAAAAUGAAGGCAUCGUUCGAUGGUCAGAUGAGGAAUCUCCCAAAGGCCAGCAUCGAGGAGCCUUCGAAAGAGGUCAAGAAAGCAGUCAAAAAGCAAGAGCCGACGAGAACCGCGCCUCCACGCCGACCAUCUGUGAGCACGUCUACGACGAAUGUCGGUGCAGCUAGUUCACCCAGCUCUGCAGCCCCACCAACACCCGCUUUUGCGCCAAAUCCGGAUGGUAUGCCUCUUAUCCGGCGCGAUUCGAGUUUGACGGAUGGUCGACCUAAGAGAGCUAUUGUCCCGACCAAGCGCAAUUCGGAGUUCGGAGGUGGCAGACCUAGAAAGAAGAAGUACGAGUUGCAGCUGAAGUUCUGCGAUGAAGUCCUGAAGGAACUCAUGAACGCCAAAAACUGGCAAGCAAACCAAUACUUCAUGUAUCCCGUGGAUCCGGUGGCCCUGAACAUUCCGACGUACUUCCAGAUCAUCAAGAAACCGAUGGAUUUGUCGACCGUCAAAACCAAACUCCAGAACAACGCCUACGAAAAAGCCAAGGACUUUGAGGAGGACAUCCGUCUGAUCUUCAAAAACUGCUUCAAAUUCAACCCCGAAGGUGACUUGGUCAACUCUUCUGGUCAUCAAUUGGAAGAACUGUUCAACAGGAAAUGGGCAACCAAAGAUGACUGGCUUGCUGCACGAGAGCCACCGUCGGUUACGCAGUCUGAUGUGGAUGACGAUGAGGAGGAAGAAGAGGAAAGUGAAGUUGAAGCAGAGGGCGAUAGCGAAGAGGAGCGGAACGAAAAGAUCAAAAAGCUACAGGCGCAGAUCGAGGAAAUGUCAAAGCAGAUGGGUGAAUUGACGCAGAAGAAGGUCAAGAAAUCCAAAUCCCCCCCCACGAAGAAAAAGGAGAAGACGAAACCCAAGAAGGAGAAAUCGGAGGGCGCAGUCUCCAAACCUAGCAAGGACAAGAAAGAAAAGAAGAAGCCACAGCCCAAGAAACAAGAGAAAGACCGAUAUGUCACGUUCGCCGAGAAGCAAUACAUCUCGAACGGGAUUGCCAUGCUGCCGGAGAAACAAAUGCAGGAAGCGCUGCGUAUCAUCCAGCAGAGCGUUCCAUCCUUGGCCAACAGUGAUCAAAAUGAGAUUGAGCUGGAUAUCGAGGAAGUCCCUAACAGUGCACUUCUGAAGUUGCUCGGCUUCGUCAAGAAGUACGCUGGUCCGCCUCCCGAUGAGCCGAAAGUGGAACAUACCGAAGCGUACCAUGCGCCUGCCCAUCACAAAAGCAAGAAGAGCAAGCCUAUGAGCAAGCAUGAGCAGGAGGCACAGAUUGAGGAAUUGAAGGGCAAGCUGGGAGCAUACGCCGGACCGAUUUCUCCGAAUGCUGUACCCUCGAUAGAGACGGGCGAUAGUAGCGACGAUGACAACUCCGAGGAGAGCGAGGAGGAGUAGUUUUUUGACACUCACAUCGCGCUUGAUGAGUGAUGGGGGAAACAUCGUUUUUGCAUUGGCGCUCGGAAAGAAGACCAGAAAUCGAUUGGGGAGCCACGCAGAGCAGCCGAUGGCAGUCAAACAGGCACACAUUUUAACGCCCAAAGCUAAGGCUGCAAGGAAUGAAUUCGAAACGCACACACUGGGCCUCGCGGGACAGUUGAGAUUGGCAGUUUACGUUUGUAGACAGUAUGCAAUUUUGCUGGAGAGGAAGAGCAAGCCAGCAGACACUGCGCUUGAGCUGGAGGAAAGACGAAGAUGAACUGAAUGAACAAAAAAUAUCAAAAGAGUCAGUUGCUGCCAAACCAAUUCAUUUCUUGCUCUGUUCCCUGUAUAGUCCAACUUUUAGUGUGAGAUGCCAGUAAUGGACAAGGAGUUAUGUAGCCAA